AAACCUCAUUUGGUUCAACAUAAUUUUUCCAGAUUAACUGAUUAGCUUUCUCAAUAAAUAUGAAAAAAAUAUAAAAGACGAAAAACAGUACAAGUGUACGGGUUUGUUUACUUUCAUGGCUGAAACCUGCUUCAAUGUGUCGUAUGCAGCUGCAUAUGCCUAAGAGUCGUGAUCUUGGCUUGAAUUUACAACAUAGACAAACUAUUAAAUGAUAUUAGGACAUCACCGGCGUCCUUUCUGAUGUUGUAUAAUUGAAGAACAGUGGUUGUGGAACACAAUGAGCAAAUCCUCAAACAAGAGCAGUUCUAGGAUUGCCCAGUUGUCAGAGCAACUGGAAAGGCUGCUAGCUGUGGAGAAAACAUCAAGAGACUUGGAACAACUGCGUUAUGUCACACUCAAGAUGUACCAGCUACUGCAAACACAAGAUAAAGCCAAAAAGGAAAUGAUAAAUAAAAUAUGUGAGAAAGCAGCAGUGUUACUGGGCCUUUUAGAGAACUGCAAUGACACUCAACUAAUGUUGAAUAUUCUGGGUUGCUGUUUAGAAAUAUCAGCUGGGGGAAAGAAAUGUGUAGCAACUUUAGCAGGACAUGGGGCAGUCGACAUUCUUCUCAAGAUUCUUAAGAUGGAAAUAUCUGAACCAUCAAUUGUGGAAGAAACUUUAGUCUUGGUUCAUUCAAUUCUUGCUAGGAUUGCACCGAAAGAUCGAAAGUUUGCGCUGAAAUCUCGGUUAACUGGCGCGUUGCAAAUCACAAUGGAUGUAAUCAGACAAAAUGCCAAUAAUUUUAAAGUUCUCCAUCCUGCUCUGUUGGUGAUCAAAAUUUCCGCCGGAAGCAGUGUGAAUUGCAACGUCCUAAACAAGGCAGGAUUUAUCAAUAUAUUAUUUCGCAUACUCUCUAACUGUGGACAUAAACGUGUCACAACUUUGAAGCUCGUUCUUGAUCUAAUUGCUAUUCUUGUAAAGUCAAAAGGUGUUGCAGCCAAAGCGGUAAACUUAAGCGGAGUUGAAAUUCUCCUCCGCAUGUUUUAUGAUUGGCAUAGAACAGAUCAUCAUAACAGACAAACUGCAAUCAGGAAAGCUCUGCUGAACUCAAUGAAAGCACUUGUAUCUACAAGGGCAGGUAAAGCAGCGUUUCUGCAAUCAAAUGGGAUGAAGACACUUUUUGUGUUGACCAAUGAUACCAGUGAACACAAAGAAAUGGACGGUAUAAACAGCGUAAUAGUACAGAUCCUGAGGUUAUGCAUGCCAGAGAACACUCUUCCGUUAACCAGUAACCGAACUAUGAUUACGUUUGAACUGCCGAAGAUUAUUGGGGAGAGUGCCUCAGGCGAUGACAAUGGGUCUGAAGAAGUAGAAAAGGACAGUGAAGAGGAAUCAUCUCCACUGGAGUCCGAAGAUGAAGAUGUUGGAGUGACGGAAAGUCAAGAAGAUUCAGAGUAUAUUUCACAAAGUAGAGCGGGCCCUGCUGCUGCUGGUGAAAAUACAACGAAUAAAACGCGAAGUAAAGCUGAGCUGGUUUCCAUGUAUCAUCAGUUCUUUCAAGAGAUGACUUGCACCAGGGAGAAUAAAGAAGAAUGCAAUUCUGAAGAUACUCUUGGUCGAGACAAUUCUGCGGCAAUUAAAAAACCAAUCGUUAUUCCAACGGCCAAACUGGACUUGACCUCGUCAUCGUCGUUCGACCACUGCAGCAAUCACUUGGCGGACGAUUGUUGUGGCUGCGAAGAAAAUGAAUCUCCCAGACAGGAUCCUUUAUGUGAUGAGGAAGAUUUCUUAGCGGGUGGUUCAGUAUCAUCCCCCAAGGCAGUGUCGUAUACAACUGGAACUCAUGACAAUAAAUCAAGACCCUCAUUACGAGAUGGCAUUUACGAUAUCAGAAUGAAAGUUCGAAGUGUCUCUGAAUUUGUCAAGACACCUUCGCCUGAUGUGUACGGACACUACCCACCGCUACACCCUGAACCUCUUUAUACCAAGAAACCUGGAAUACAAAGGUCGAUGUUGUUGAAAGAUAUCGAGCGUGUUCUUCAAGAUCAGAAAGUGGUUAAUAAAGUGGUGUAUGAUUUAAAUCCUGAGACCGAUAUUGGUCCUGCAACCGCGUCAAACGGCCGGGAAUGUUCUUCAGAUAUGACACGUGGUUCAACAAGCUCUAUUCGUAGUGACAAAGAACAAAAAGUGAAUGGGAAAAGAUCCCUUUCCUUUGAAUCACGAUUUGAAAGUGGAAAUCUACGCAAAGCAAUUCAGGUUUGUGAAAAGGAAUACGAUCUUAUCCUGAAUUCUGAUGUCAACUGCCGCAGUCAUCACCAGUGGUUUUAUUUUGAAGUCGGAAACAUGGAGGAGAAUGUUCCGUACAAGUUCAAUAUUAUCAACUGUGAGAAGGUUAAUAGUCAAUUCAAUUUUGGUAUGCAGCCAGUAUUAUAUUCAUACAAGGACGCUGAAGAUGGUGACCCUGGCUGGAUCAGAACAGGAUCAGACAUUUGUUACUACAAGAAUCAUUAUAAACGACCAUGUUCCAAUCCGAAGACAGAACGGGAAAAAUAUUACUACACGCUCACAUUUACGAUAGAAUUUCCAUAUUCAGAUGACCGCUGCUACCUUGCAUAUCAUUUUCCAUAUUCAUUCUCCUUGCUCGAGUCUUGUGGUAGAGUUAAUGAAUCAGAUAACCGGCCGUAUAUAUUUCUGUGUUCGAGGGUUCAUCCAGGAGAAAGCAAUGCUAGCUGGGUAAUGAAAGGUGUGUUGGACUUCCUGUUAAGUAACAAGAUCACCGCAAGGGUUUUGAGGGAAAUAUUUAUUUUUAAAAUAAUACCUAUGCUAAACCCAGAUGGUGUAAUAAAUGGUUGUCAUCGUUGUUCAAUAUCUGGUGCUGAUCUCAACAGACAAUGGCUGGAUCCCGAUAUUCUCUUUCCAACUAUUUACCACGCGAAGGGGCUGCUGCUUUACUUACAGGCUAUGAACAAGACACCAUUGGUAUUUUGUGAUUUUCAUGGCCAUUCACGCAAGAAAAACGUCUUUAUGUACGGAUGUCAUAGUCCAACCGCCGAUCUACCGGUCACAAUCGUUAACUCCGGCUCUGAAUCAGAUUCCUCUAAUGUCGGUGAAGCCGCAGUGAGGGAAACAAAUCAUAGGACAUUGCCAAGAAUUUUACAUUCCAUCGCACCGGCUUUCUCCUUUCAAAACUGCAGUUUUGUCGUGGAGUCCUCCAAAGAGUCGACUGCAAGAGUUGUGGUCUGGAGAGAGCUGGGGGUAACAAGGAGUUAUACCAUGGAGAGUACUUAUUGUGGAACGGAUCAAGGACCAUACAAGGGUUUUCAUAUUGGCACGAAGGAACUUGAAGAAAUGGGUCGUUGUUUCUGCGCAGGUCUUCUAAAGCUUGGAAACGGUAGUAGU